ACGUGUGUACAGUGUUCUGUGUUCUGUGUUUCUGUUGUGUAAAAUUAAUUUUAUUAAAAUAAUAUAAUGAAACGAACUCAGUCAUUGUUAACUUUUUUUAAAAAAUCUAAACAGUCAACCGAUCUGGAACGAACUGUUCCAUCUUUAUCAAAUGUUUUCCAAGAUGAAGACACUGUGGCAUCUGAAGCAAAACAAGCCGCUUCAAGUGUAGAAGUUAGUUCUCCGACAAAAAUGAAACUAAUCUAUGUGAUAAUGUACUGUGCUAUUUUAAACGUUUUGACAAAUGCGGAUAUAAUAGAAGAUAGAAAGAUGCUCGAUACUACAAACAUACUCAUAGAAAUACAUAUUGGAAAAGGGACCAUUUGGGACAAAAUACAAUAUUUUGCUUGUCAUGAUGGUUUCUCAAUGGAGCAAUUGGCUUUUAUGUUUGCAAUACCUGAUCAAAAUUUUGAUAGCAACCCUGUUAAACAGUAUGCAUUGGAGCUUCAACUGCAACAAAAAGUACUCAAAGGCUCAGACCUUACUGAAGAUGAUGUAGCAGCUCAAGCUCGUGGUAAUAAAUCUAUACAAGAUCUUGGAGAUAAACGAAGAAAAAUGUUAGACCCAGUUUUAGCAUUGUUAAUAAUCAAUAUUAUGAGCAACCCAAGGAGUCACAGAAUUGAUUUUAAGUACACAUGUCGAAUCAUAGGAUUGUUCUGGAGUACAAGAAUUCCAGCAAGUUACAUAAAAACUGCAAUUGUUUUAGAUGACGAGACUUGUGUCGUACGCCAUGAAAGGGUAGGCAGGAAGUCAUUCAAAUGCUUUGGGCUUGAUAUACAUUAUGUGAACAACAUCGACCAUACCGAUACAGGAAAUAGCAUAGUUCCUGAUUUAACGAUAUUAUGA